UUGCGGGCGCGUGCUAGUGUGCGCGCUCACCCGAGCUAUUGUGUUUUUAUCAACAAGGAGACCACCGUGGCCUUACGGGUAACUGAUCCAGCCAGCUGAACGACAAGGGACCGCUAAACCAUGGCGGACGAACAAGAGAUAAUGUGCAAACUAGAAAACAUCCUGGAAAUACGGAACAAGACUAUCCAGAUGCAAAAGAUCAAGUCUCGUCUGAAGAUUGAGUUUGAGGCUCUGGAGUCUGAGGAAAAGCAUCUCAAAGAGUACAAACAGGAGAUGGACCUCCUUCUACAAGAGAAAAUGGCACAUGUGGAGGAACUGCGGCUCAUCCAUGCAGAUAUCAAUGUGAUGGAGAGCACCAUCAAGCAGUCAGAGAAUGACCUCAAUAAGCUGCUAGAAACGACUCGCCGCCUGCAUGAUGAGUACAAACCUCUGAAGGAGCAUGUUGAUGCCCUCAGGAUGACUUUAGGCCUACACAGACUCCCUAACCUCAAUGAAGAAGAGGAGAAGCUUUCCCUGGAUUACUUUGAAAAGCAGAAAGCGGAGUGGCAGAAGGAGCCGCAUGAGCCCGCCAUCCCAGAAUCUCUCGCUGCCGCUGCAGCAGCAGCACAGCAGCUUCAGGUGUCCAGGAAGCAAGAUGCCCGCCAGACAGCUACCUUCAGACAACAACCCCCACCUAUGAAGGCUUGCCUAUCCUGCCACCAGCAGAUUCAUCGUAAUGCUCCCAUCUGCCCAUUGUGCAAAGCUAAGAGCCGCUCCCGCAACCCAAAGAAGCCCAAGAGGAAGCCAGAUGAGUAGAUCCUACUCCACCUUCAGCUUCAGUAGCUUUUAAAGGGAACUGGUCCAAUACACUGAUCGAAGAUCAGCCAUGUAUGUGACAAUAUAUGGCUGAAAUAACAGGUCUGUGCUUCAGGACAAUUUCCACAUUCACUCCCCACUUUAACAGUAACUUGUUCUUAGUAACUUGUCCAUAAUCUGUCAACAAUUGAUCAAGGAUCUGAUAAUGUCAUUCUGUUGUUUGUUUUUAUUAGUGCUUUGGAUGUGUUUCUAUGUAACUGUAUGACUUCCAUAGUAGGUUUACUAGCCCCUAAAAAGUGUAACUGCAAUAAUGCAAAAAGGAACUUGAUGAAAUGCCCAAAUAACUUUGCCCAUGUUGCUCUUGUUUAUUGCCUUAGAUAUUGUACUGUACUUCCUCAUUUUUUAAUGCAUGCGCGCUACCAUGACUGUCUGUUGUGUAUUAUUUGUGCCAAUAUAAAAUCGAAUAGGUUUAAUUGCGAAGCUUAAGAAAACAUAAUGUUGUUUUAAUGUUUACAGUGUUCAAGUGACCACAAACUGGACAAAAAAAGGCCAGACUCAUUUGCUCUGAAUAGUGUUAUGUGUUUAAUUUUAAUACAGUAAUAAGAAAAUAAAUGUCUGUUUUGUACUAA